AUGACGCGGCGACAUCGACGGGGGCUGCCAUAUUGGGCAGCAAGCAGGCGGUCCCAAGGAAAAGCCGGUGCUGCCAAAAGUGGCCAGAAGCUACCCCAGAUUACGCCAGUGCCGGUUGGAAGCAACAAGAGCAACGGCAGCAAGCAGUGGGACGAGAUGCUUGAUACCGAAGGCAUUGAUUUCUCGCAGGACCUGGAGUUUGGUGAUGGUGCCACGGUGCGGAUAAGCCCUGUGCCACUGUCUCCUCAGCCCAAGGAGCCACCACUAGCUACUGCUGCACCUAAAACAGCAACCACAGCAGCCAGAUGCAGUAGCCGUUGCUGUUGCUGCAGAUCCAAAGUCGGAGCCAGUCAAAUCGAGCGAGCGAAACAUCAAAUCGAAGCCAAAUGCCAGCAAAUCGGCCAAAUCGCCGGUGAAGUCGCAGAGACUAAUGGCCCAGCUUGGCCCACGGCCAACAGCGCAGAUAAACAGCAGCAACAACAAGAACAACAGCAGCAGCAGUCCGUUGAUCGGAAGGUCGAGGUAAAGGUCUGGGGAAAGCCUGCCAAGACGGUUGCACCAGCCAAGACUGACGAUGCCGGGGAUGCAUCACCAAAUACACGGUGGUGGAAGGCAAGCUUGUCUGGUGGGUGCACGAGCAGCUCCACGGCCAGAAAUAACAACAGCAGCGACAUCUGA